UUCAUCAUUAUCUUUACAAGAUUUCUCAGCCUAACUCUUGAGUUUGUUGCUGUGCCUGUGCGCUGAUAAAAUAAUGGAAAAUGCAUAACUCGCUGGCUUCUCGAUUGCUAGUGCGCCUUCUUAUGCUCUUUGCCUUGGUCACAGUGGUGUCUAUAGUUAUACUAACCAAGUGCGGAUUCGAUGAGUUGACAGCACAGCAACAGCAGGAGACUCAGCAACCGCAACCGCAGACUCAAAUUAAUGAGGUGACUUCCGGUUAUAACUUUAUUAUAAGCGAGCGGGAUGCGGAAAUUGAGAGGCUCAAACAUGAAGUUCUUACCCUCAAGGCUCAGUUGGUAUUAAUGCAAAAUAAUCGAAGUGGAGGAGCAAGUGGAAGCAAUGGGGAGACAACUACCAGCACUGCCAUUUCAUCACCACUGGUGGCCAGCCAUCACUAUGACUGCAGCAGUUAUAUACGCAAGCAAGUUGGAGCAGCCGAAAUACUCCAUGGUUUGCCUCUCAACAAUGAAUACGAAUUGAUACCGUAUAAUCAUUUCACCUUCACACGCGUUUAUCCCAUCGAUUUGGGUCUGGGCAAACGUGUGGUUGAGAAACCAAUUGGCUAUAGAAGGCGCGAUCUGCUGGAGGCGGUAAAUAAGGCUUUAGAAAGCCUUAAUCGUAAUCAUACGGCUAGAAUGAGAGCCAAAUCUUCAACUGGCAAUUCUGUAGAUGCAGUGAAAUUUACCCUGGAUGAUUUCAUUGAGGGCAUCUAUCGUACUGAACCCACCACUGGAACACAGUAUGAACUGUACUUUAAGAGCAUUAAACAUCCCAUGCCUUUGGUGCGUAAGGCUCUGAUAAUGCGUCCUUUUGCCCCUCUCCAGACUGUGCAGCUGGCAGAGAUGGCCACUGCAUCGCCUGGGACAAAAGAUGUAGAAACUAUUCAUAUCAUAUUGCCUUUAGCUGGACGUUUGCAUAGUUUUCGUAGUUUUCUGAAAAUGUUUAAACAUCUCGAUGAUCCGCAUUUGAGACUAAUUGUAGUCUAUUUCGGAGAGCAAGGACUGAGCCAGGCCAAGCAGUUGAUUGGUGCCAAAGGACAUGUUCAACUGUUGGCCUUGAAUGAGACUUUUAGCAGGGCUAAAGCUCUUCGUUUAGGUGCCGAACACAUUAAACUGCCCAAGGCAAAGGAUAGCAAGGACGCAAAGGACUCUGAUGCGUUGCUCUUUAUGUGCGAUGUGGAUAUAGUGUUUACUAGCAAAUUUUUAGAACGUUGUCGUUGGAAUUCAUCGCCGGGUAAAAAGGUCUACUAUCCCGUGGUGUUUAGCCUCUACAAUCCUCACGUGGUCUAUACGCUGCAAGGCAAACCCAUGCCCAGUGAUCCCGAGCAAUUGAUCAUCUCCAGAGACACGGGCUUUUGGCGUGACUUUGGCUAUGGCAUGACCUGCCAAUAUAGAUCGAAUUUCCUGCAAAUACGUGGAUUCGAUGAAGAGGAAAUCGUUGGCUGGGGUGGCGAGGAUGUUAUGCUCUAUAGAAAGUAUAUUAGAUCGAAAAUAAAAAUCAUACGUGCCACAGAUCCUGGCAUAUUUCAUCGUUGGCAUACUAAGAUAUGCUCUAAUUCUCUGACUGCCGAUCAAUAUCGAGCCUGUAUACGUUCACGCGCUUUGAAUGAGGCGUCCCAUGCCCAAUUGGGUUUCCUGGCAUUCAGAGAUGAAAUAGCUGCCGCCCAGAAAGAAGCCUCCAAGCCAUUGUCAUCAUCCAUAUCGAUAUCAUCGUGAUCUAAUACUUUUCUCGUUUUGGGCCUAAAAUUGAGACAAUAAUCUGCUUAUUUAGCAGAAAGCCGCAAAGAUAUAAAAUACAUAUUAUAUAUAUAUAAUAUAUAGAAAUUGUUAAAAAAAAAACUUAGCUUAAAUUGUUGAGUCACACAAAAAAUUGUUCUUCCAUGAAGCAAACUAGAUGCAAUCGUCAAAUCAAGUAACUUAUAAACUAAGCCCAUAUUUAAGAGCAAAAAAAAAAAACUAAACU